AUGAUACAGUCCAUUAUUCCGCUCGUCUCAGGAACGCUGCAUCCCCCGGCCACCGAACCGGUGCGACAGCAGGAGCCGCCUGCUCAGGCUCAGGCGCAGCCCCUGGAGCUUCCCACUUCGCCUCGGGUCCCGUCGUCCCCGCUCACUGAUCGAGUCACGACGAACCGGAGGGGCCACACCCAACCCGAGGCCUUUCCUUCGGCCUCGAUGGACUCCCUGCGAGCCCAGUUGCUCCUCGUCGGUCAACGGCUUGACGAGGUACAGAAAGAGGUCCGCAGGUCGAGAGGAGAGCUCGGGGAGGACAUACAUCAGGGAUCCCCAUUCGUCCCCGAAAUACGGGAUCAGACGGUCCCACAGAAUUUUCGUCUCCCCUCUCUCGACACGUACGACGGCUCCACCGACCCAGCGGACCACAUAGCCGCCUUCCGCACCCAAAUGACACUGUAUGGAACUUCUGACGCUUUGAUGUGCAGGGCGUUCCCCACAACACUAAGGGGACCAGCCCGCACGUGGUACGGCAGCCUGAGGACCGGGACCAUCGCCUCAUUCGACCAGCUCGCUAGAGAUUUUGAGCUCCACUUCCUAGCCAGCGCGCGACCAAAACCGUUUGUUGCCUUGCUUCUCGAACUACACCAGAGGGAGGACGAGUCCCUCUCCCACUUUGUGAACUGUUUUGCAACGCAGAUUUGGGGAUUAUCUGACGCUCACCCCUCUCUAUUGAUGCAUGCGUUCAUGACAGGACUACGACCUUCCCGAUUCUUCUGGUCCCUCAUUGAGAGACCCCCCUCCGCGGUACCGGAGAUGCUUCAGCGGGCAAACCAGUUCAUCGCGGCUGAGGCUUGGAUGGCCGGAAAGCAGGAAAAGCACACGAGGGUUAGACCGGAGCAGGUUCGCGGGCAACAGCCUGCCACAACUAGGCGCAGGCUGGACCAAUCCGACCUACCCGCUCCGAGGCCUCCUCUGCCCCCCCUAGGCACAUCUCGAACGGAGAUAUUUCUCCAGAUAAAAGAGAGAGGGUUACUCAGGGCUCCCGUUCCAAUGAAAAACCCGCGAGAGCUCGCCGACCAGUCCAAGCAUUGCAGCUUUCACAGGCAAAAUGGGCACGACACCGAAGACUGCCGUGAACUGAAGCGGCAGAUCGAGGAGCUCGUUCGCGCGGGCCACCUCAGUCGGUACAUCCGACGUAACGGGGAGUCCUCGCCUCUCUCGGAGGGCCCCGUGGAGCGCCAUAUCGAUGUCAUCUCCGGAGGACCAGCGGUUGGGGGAACCAGUAUGUCGGGGAGAAAGGCAUACGCCCGUUCCGCCAGGAUCGACGCUCCCCAACGUGGUCCCGACCCCAAGCUCGCAUUCCCUCUCGAGGACGUCAAGCCACCGGAGCACGACGAUGCGCUCGUGAUAAUGGCUCGAAUCACUAACGCCUAG